AUGGUGGAAAGUGCCCGUGAGCACCCUGAGAUGAAAUCCUAUGUUGAAGGGGUUCGCUUGGAGAUUGGGAAUGAUGGGGUGUGGGAGUUUGGGGAGGAGGACGUGUAUGAGGAUAUGCUUGGGUUUGCAGUUUGGGUUAGGGCUCGUGCAAGCAUGCGCAAAGCAUUGGGGUUGGACUCCCCACCAACACCUGGCAGCAACACUUCUGCAGAGCCCGAAACACCUGCACCACCUGGUCCAGCAGAGCCCACAGCCCCUGUGCAUCCUCCAGCUGCAGAGCCCAAAGCAGAGCCCAACACAGCACCAGCUGUGCCCAAAGCAGCGGACCCCAAAGCACCCGAUCCUCUUGCACACAAGGCAAAGUACCAGCAGUCUUUGCGCGCCUUGAGGGAUCCCGACAAUGCCAUCCCCCCUGACAUCGGCCUUUGUGGGGGGCCACCCGCUCGAGCUGCAGCAAGCACACCUCCACCCACCAUGCCUCCCCCUAGCACCAUGGCUCCCCCUGCAGCACCACCUGCACCUGCAGCAAGCACACCUCCACCCACCAUGCCUCCCCCUAGCACCAUGGCUCCCCCUGCAGCACCACCUGCAAAACCAGCAGGACCAGCACCCCACCAGCUGUCUGCAACAGUGGAUGCAGCUGCAACAAAAGCGGCACCACCAUUGCCCACACCGGUUUCCCACAGAUCAGAAUACAUGCAGUAUCUACGUGCUGCAAGGAACCCCAGGAAAAUGCCUGCAAGUUUGGUUGCAACCUUUACUGGAAGCAAACUUGACCUCUUCAGGCUGUGGCUUGAACGUGGACAGGACUUCAAUGCUUGUGAGGUGGAGAUCAGACGUCGCAAUACCCAGGCCAACAUUGCCAGCGCAAAGGAGAAGUAUAUGAGCAGGGCAGCUUUGAUCAAGGAUGGACGGUACAGGGAGAGUGACAUUGACCUACUGAUCCAGCAGCGCACCAAGACAGGGGAAUGGAUUCCUGACGCCAACUUUCCUGACAGGGAAGACCUUCGUCAGUACCGGGUUGGGAAUGAAGAAGUGACCAGGGAAGUUCAGAACCAUCGGGAAGACACUCAGGAGGUGGGGUCCACAACCGAGUUGACUUCAACGGAGGCCUUGCUGCUGACCGAAGAUGGGGCUGACUUCUCUGACAAGGCUGUUCCUAGCAUCCAUGAUGUUCUGGGGGAGGGUGUUGCUGAGAGGGCACGGAGAGGGGACACCACAGCACCCGACCCCAAAGCAAAAGCAAAGGCAAAGCCCAAACCAAAGGCAAAGGCAAGUGUUGGGGGGGCUGGUGAUGGUACACCUAAGCCUGACAAACCAAUCACCCCUCUCGAGAAGGCCGUGCUCAAGGAGGCUGAGGAAGCACGAACCCUUUGCAUUGCCAUCGAGGGCCUGGAAAUGGCCGGCGAGCUGGUGCAGGCGCUGCAAACCCACAGCACUGCCCUCACCACCCUCUACCGUGAGCUGCAUCAGCUGACCACGAAUGAGGUGAAUGACAUCAACCAAUAUUCGAAAUUGUUUGAUCAGGCGCACCUCAAAAGCGUCAACGACGCGAUGUUCCUGGCUCGGAGCUUCAUGCGAAUGCCCUUCAGAGAUACUCACAUGCUGCGCUUCGAGAUGGUCAAACCUCGAAAGCGAAACUUUUCCAGCUUCUUUGGCAGGUACCCAUUUGCAAUCAUUCCCAUGAGACUGUUGCCAAGCAAAGAGCUCCGGGCAAAGGCAAACAAGGUGAUCGUUCAAGCUAUUGCUUGGGACAGUAAGACUCUACUGAAUGGAGUCUUCCCUGCGUUGAAUCAGCAUGGGGUGGCACUGGGUGCCGCACGGGCUGCCAAAGCAGGGCGGCCUAUAGCAGGGCUUUCAUGCCUCAUUGCAUAUGCUGAGAUGUCAUCUGCCAAUCUGAACAGAAAUCGGAUCAACUACAAGAUCCGUCCCAAAUGGCACAGUUGGUGCCACAUUAUCUUCGGUCUCAAGGACAACGAUGAGAACCCGAGGAAUCACAAGACUUUAGCCGAAGAGUCAAUGCUGGGAAAAUUGACCAAAUUGGCAAGUGCCGUUCACGGGUUUUGGGUGUCUGAACUCCUUAGAGAGGGCAGAUACCUGUGGAGCCCCUCGACCUGUCCCAGCAUUCCCUGGGGAGCCAUUGGCCUUGGCUUGGUGCUGGCAUUUGCUUUGGGCCUGUGCUGCGGCGCUGGCAUAGCACUUCUGGCUCUCUCCAGCGGCUGCCGAGCUGCUGUGCUGGUGGUCUUGCGAUUGGUAGCUGGUGCUUUGCAAGGACCAGCAGCUGCGGGCCCUUCCCAACCUGUUUCCAGCACUCCCGUUGUGAGCACCACCACUGGCACCAACGGCACUGCUGACGAUCAGUUCGUCCUGGGGUACGAUCCUGUGAGCCAAGCACUUUUGAAUCAAGCCUUGGACACCACUGGGGCAAAUCAUCUUGCUCGCCUGCCGCUCAGGUUUUUGGAUUACUUGGUGCCUCGCUUGCGGAGCGCCAAUCUGGAGUGGACUGGGGCGGCCCGUGUGGGUCGAGCAUUUCGGGCUGGCAUUCUUGCCCGUCUUCGCCUUCAAGGCGAGAUCAGUGAGCUUGGAUCUGAGGGCAUCCCCUUCAGGAACACCUUGUACGUGGUCUUGAGGGCUCCCGGGCACUACGGGGGUUUUUGGACUCCUGACUAUCUUGCCUACACCCAGGCUGUGCUCAACGGCCUACUUGGUCGGCGCAGGCCGCCCAUGGCCUCGGCGCUUGUGAAGCGGGCUGGACUGACUCCAGAAGUCUUGGGAGAGCUGGCUUCUGGGGUAGAUGUGCAUCACGCUCUCCCCACAGUUUUGUUCCUUGUGGAUGGCAUCGACGACGCAGCUCCACGGUGGGGUGUGGCCUACGUGGUGCGCUCUCGCGCGAAUGGCUUUAUGCUGGCAGUGGCAGCAGACCCAGAUCUUGGCGCCGUCUUAGAGCUCAUGGUGCCGGAUGGACAAGAAAUCAUGUCCCACACAGGGGCAGUCACUAUGGUUUCAAUGCGUGGGCGACAACUGGGCCCAGGCGAGCUUCAGCUGGUGGAUUUGGUGUGGGAUUGCUCUCAUCACUUCAUCAAGCAGGCUUCCCUCAAAGGGGCAUUGCUGCGAAGCUCUGUGCUGGUGGGGCCAACAAUCGAUGGCGAGCGAUGCCGCCCUGCGGCUUCUUCAGCCCUGCAGCUGUCAGAAGAAUGGAUCGGACAAGUGAUGGAAGGCGAACCCGCUCAGGAGUACCUGACCGCAGUCGAAGAGGAGCUGGUGCCCGAAGACGAGGAGGAGGAGCCUACUCCUUCUCUGCUUCCCGACGCAGCAGCAGCUUCGGAGGUGGAAGAAUUGAAGAGGAAGGUGAAGCUUCUCGAGUCUCAGCUGCUUCAGAAGACGCAGCCUGGCAAGCCUCCCCCUCCUCCGCCUGGCAAACCCGAGCUCUUUGGCAAGACUCCUGGCCUGUUUCAGCCGGGUCGGACUGGCGGUGUCCCGCCUCAAGACUUGCAGCGGUUAGCUGCUCUGGCCGGGUCUCCUCCACCACGAACAGGUCAGCACGAGCAGCGGCGGCAGCUGGAUCCUCUUGGAGAUGUUCCCCACCAAGAUGCGUUGCUGGCAGAAGUGGAGAAGGAGGUGAUGGAGCCUGCACUGGGGGACCUUCAUUUGGGUCAGCCUCAAACCGAAUCUGGGGUUCUUUCUCAGAUCCUGGUGGCUCAGUUGCAGCAGAACGCCUUGCUUCUUCAGAAAGUCUUGGGCAAGCAGCCUGCAGAUCCAAUCAUGGGAGCUCUGUCCGGAUCGGACAGCGGAAGCGCCGGCAGCUCGCAGGGCGUGAAAGGCUGCGUGGCAAGAGAGGCCUUUUGCAAGACCGCUCAAGACUUGGAUGUGAUAGCAACUUCUGUGCGUCGCAACGCACUUGCCGAGCUGGGGAUGGACAUCAGCAGGGAGGACGAGAGUGUCAUGCGACGCUACAUCGAGCGGCGGAUUCCUCUGGCCGAUCAUCGUCUUCUAUGUCAUGUUGCAACCUUGGCUGCGGAAGGGUGGGCUGUUGCAUUCAAAAGUCAGAACCAACAGAUGCUAGGGUUCCUGGGGCUGUUGCUCAUGUUUGUGGAACAGGUGGCCUUGGACCAUGGCAAGGUCCAGUUAGGAUGGCUUUUGACUGUAUUAGCAGAACCGAAUCACCAAAUCCAUUUCAGCCACUCCAAGACACCUGGACUGAAACCGUUCUCCAGACUAGCCAACCCGGUCUGGGUCAGCGCGAACCUUGCUUAUCUUCGAGAUCUGGACUGUCUCGAAAGUCGCAUGGACCAGAUAGGCAGGAAGAAGAGUUCGGGCAGCCCGCCAUCGCCAGAGGAGGGAUCAGAUCGACCAAAGCCAAAACCCAAGAUAAAACCCCGCAAAGGCAAAGGCAAGGGGUCAGAGCAAGCAGAAAGCACUGGAGACGCAAGCAAGUGGAGUUGGUCGGCUUGCAAGCGCCCUGGUGUGCGGCGACGACGCCGUAAGCGGUUUUAUGAAGUCCGUGCUCAGUUGCUGCAGCUGCUAGUGAUCAGCCUGAACUGGGAGUGCCUUGGGCACCCUCUGAAUGCACCUGAGAAGGCUCGCAUUGGUAGUUGCAUCAAUAAGCAUCAAUCUGACAUUUUGGAACGACUCGAAAGUAAGUUGUCCCAUUUGCUGUGCAUAGGCAGCUUUGUUCCUGAUGACUUAGGCUCGUCGGCCGACCGGCUGAAACCGAGCCGAGACGGACACACCAUCGACCCCACUGGAAAAGUGUUUUGUAGCCGUGGUGAAUUGCUAAAGCUUGCGGAGAAGUGGGAUUCUUUAGGUUUUCUCUUUGAUGGAAUUGAACUCUUUAGAGGCACUGGAAAUUGGAGUGAAGCACAUGUCGCAAUGGGCCUCGAUGUGCAUGCUGGCGUUGACACUGAUCAGCGUCAGUGGCGAGUCAUGGACCUCUCUGACAUGUCCGUGUUUAGAGAGCUCACUGCAUUGGCCCUGCGCAGAGUGGUGCGGGAAUGGCAUGCAGGCCUUCCGUGUGUCAGUUUUGGCACGCUGCGCCGUCCCAGGGAUGUGUAUGGGAUGAUGCCUGAGCCUGGGCAGCGCGUGUCCACUUUUUCGGGUGCAUACCCAGUGGGUUUGGUGACUCGGAUGGCUAGUGGCAGUGUUGCUGCUAAGCGCGGCAAUCCUGGUUUUAUCUCUGAUGCGGCCAGACGUGAUACUUGCCGCGAGUUGGACGCUGAGCCGGAUAGCCGGUUCCUAGGAUUGCUGGACAGUAGGGACAACCGAGCUGAUGAGCCUUCGCGUGACAAGCCAGUGAGAGCACCCGUUAAGGAACUGCCCAUCUGGUUUACAGAUAUGCAACAUGGUGACAUGCGUCGUUUUGACUUAGUGGUACAGGCAAACAGUGUACCCAAGCUGGCCAGUCGAUGGUUGCGUUUUCUCCUUUUGCUAGGGGGUGACAUUGAACCCCACCCUGGACCCAGAGGUGUAGAUCGGAAAGCACGAGGUCCUAUGGAUCUUGGUGUAGGAUUUGCAGCAGUGACCUCUGAACGAAUGCGGAAAUGUUAUGAUGCUUUUCAGGCCAGGUUGCAAAAGGAAUUUCCCAGAUCCUGCAUCCAGGUCAUGAGUGCACCUGAAACUGCAGCUUUUGCAUUGCGUGCUUAUGGACUUCAUUGCUUUGAAAGCGGAUUGCCAAGAUACCUAUUCGUUUAUGCUAUCACAGCUGUGCAGGAUCGGUUCCCUCAGUAUCGACCGUAUAUGACCCCUGCCUGGCAGAUCGAUAAGAAAUGGCAGUUGCAUGAGCCUGGUGAGUGCCGGGCCGUUCUCCCUGCACCUGCAGUGAGAGCGGCAGUCUGUGUUGCCGCAUUGUGGCAUUGGUUUCAAUGGCUGGGCGUGGUUUUAAUUGGAUUUGGAGCGAUGCUCCACCCUUCAGAGAUGCUCGCCUUGACCCGGCGAGACCUGGUCCUGCCGCGUGACACAGCCUUUGACUCUCAAUCCAUGUUUGUGCAUGUUAGGGAUCCGAAGACUGCCAGAUUUGCUCGAAGACAGCAUGGUCGGAUCGAUGACGCAAAGAUCAUCGCAGUGGUCGAUCGUUUGUUUGGAAAGCUGCCUCUGUCCGCUCGUCUUUUCACUGCAUCCAUGGCUGUGUUUCGAAGGCAGUGGAAUGCCGUUAUGACUAAGUUGCAUAUCCCCUGUAAGCAGGUCGUUCGAGGAGCCACCCCAGCAGUGCUCAGGGGUUCAGGGGCCACAUUCCUGUACCAUUCCACUGAGGAUGUUCAGUGGAUUGCAUGGCGGGGCCGCUGGAGCAAGCAGCGGACCCUCGAGUUCUACCUCCAGGAAGUGUCAGCGCAGCUUCUGGUGCAUGAGCUUUCUGCAGCUGCGCGAGAAGCAUUGUUCCUCUUUGACAAGUCUUGCUGGGCGGUUCUUUGCAGCGCUUUGGCCUUGCGGCGCAGCACUGGAGAUGUGGAGUGA